UUAGAUAUUAGGUUCGAUAGGAGUGUGUGGUGCUAGUGGGUAGGGAUGGUUCCGUUACUUCGCAGGAGAAAAUCUGUGAUUUUAAACGCUUUAAAAUCGAAAAUUGACGCUUCCUCUUAUUAAUUUUGAACAUAUUACGGCUAUUUAACACGAAUUAAACAUGAAAUUGAUAAUGACAAGUGUUUAUUUAACUGUUUUACUCUUUACAUUAUUUGGCCUUCAAAAUUGGAAAGCCGAAGCAGAAGGCAUAGCAGCAGCUUCUAAAGGAAAUAAUGUUUUCUCUGAUACUUCUGAUAAUAUGACCGACUCAAAUAAUACUGAAAUUUCUAACAGCACAACCGUAGUCACGACUCCUUUUCCGAAAGUAACAACUCCUUCCGAUCCCAUACUUCCAGAGAAAGGGGCUGCCGAGAAAGAGCAUCAUUCUAGCAUGACUAUUUUCUUUGUAUUAAGUGUCUUAGCUUUGUGUAUUUUAUUAAUUCAUCUCUUAAUUCAGACAAGUUUCCAAUAUUUACCAGAAAGUGUUGCUGUUGUUUUCUUAGGUGCUCUUAUUGGCUUAAUUUUAAAGCUUAUUUCUAGUCAGAAUUUAGGAAAUUGGCAGAAAGAAGAAGCAUUUAAUCCUACAACAUUUUUUCUGGUACUUCUACCUCCAAUUAUUUAUGAAUCAGGAUAUAAUUUGCACAAGGGGAAUUUUUUUCAAAACAUUGGCUCAAUUAUGGUAUUUGCCAUUUUUGGUACGGCCAUUUCGGCACUUAUAGUCGGAGGAGGAGUAUUUGUAUUAGGUUUGGCUGAUGUCGCAUACCAACUGAAUUUUACAGAAAGCUUUGCAUUUGGGUCGCUCAUAUCGGCAGUUGAUCCUGUUGCCACACUUGCCAUUUUUCAUGCCUUAGACAUUGACCCAGUAUUAAAUAUGUUGGUUUUUGGAGAGAGUAUUCUGAAUGAUGCCGUGUCGAUUGUACUGGCAACAACUGUUUUAGAAUCUGCUUCACCAGAAAUGGCUGUGAUGUCAACGGGACAGGCUGUACUUCACGGCAUUGGACGUUUUUUUAUGAUGUUUUUUGCUUCAGCAGGAAUUGGAGUGGCAUUUGCACUUAUUGCUGCAUUGUUAUUAAAAUAUGUAGAUUUGCGAAAAAAUCCGUCUUUAGAAUUUGGAAUGAUGCUAAUAUUUUCUUAUGCGCCAUACGGUCUGGCAGAAGGUUUGCAUCUGUCAGGUAUCAUGGCAAUUUUAUUUAAUGGUGUAGUCAUGUCCCACUAUACGCACUUCAAUCUGUCUCCUGUUUCUCAGAUAACUAUGCAGCAGACUCUCCGAACGCUCGCGUUCAUAGCAGAAACAAGUGUUUUUGCAUACCUUGGAUUAGCAAUAUUUAGUUUUAGAUUAAUAAUAAAGCCAUCUCUAAUUAUUUGGAGUGUGAUUUUGUGUCUAGUUGGAAGGGCAUUGAACAUAUUUCCUUUGGCUUUCCUGGUCAACCACUUUCGUGAGCAUAAAAUCACCAGAAAAAUGAUGUUCAUCAUGUGGUUCAGUGGUUUAAGAGGUGCCGUAUCUUAUGCACUUGCGCUGCAUCUAGAAUUCGAAGACGAGAAGCGUCAUGUUCUAGUGACGACGACGCUCAUUAUUGUACUUUUUACAAUAUUAAUUCUGGGAGGUUCUACUAUGCCUCUUAUGAAGUUUCUAAAAGCUGAUAAGAGAAGCAGCAGUAGGAGGAGGAGGAGGAAAGGAAGAGGAGAAAUUUCACUGAGUAAAACUAAAGAAAUGGGUCAAACCAUCGAUGCCGAGCACUUGUCCGAGCUGACGGAGGAAGAAUACGAAGUCAAUUUUAUGAAUUCUAACUUAACCGGUUUCGUGCGCUUAGAUGUAAAAUAUUUAAUCCCAUUUUUUACCAGAAGAUUCACACAACAGGAGGUGAAGGACUGCAAAACACAGAUGACAGACCUGACCAACCAGUGGUACCAAGCCAUAAGAGGACCCUCGGAAACGGAAGAGGAAACGGACGGAGGAGAAAUGUAAGCACUAAAAAAACCUACUUAGACGAACGGAUAACCGAAUCAACGCCGACAGCGCCAGAAGGACCACGUAGCGGUUGAUGUGCGAACUAACUAACCAUCUAUACGCGUUACGCCCCGUAACGACCGUCGAUUCGUCGGUUACGAGUCGAAUUUUUGUAAGAUUUCGAGCCACGUUUGGCCUCCUGCCAUACGGUUUAAAUAUAAUUUGUUAUUUUGACACUUUCAUUAGUGUAAGUGCUGUAAAUUAUCAAAGAAGGAAAAAAAUCUCUGUGAGAUCGUUUUCAUAUUUAUUGCGUCGAUGAUGAUCGAAAUUUGAAAGACGGCAUCUCUCAUCCGGCGACGUUGAUUGUAAUCGGGUGAUUGACUGUUUAUUAAUUAAUAAAGUUAAGCAUGUUUUCCUUUCAA